UUAGAUCUCUCCGUUCGGUGUGAUUCGAUGGCUCUCAUGAUAGUUUUACUGUGAUUUUUUGUGUGCUUUCAAUUCAGAUUAAUGAAAAAUAAAACGCGGAAGAUGAGCUUUUCCGAGUUGCGCGAAGUCGACCAAAGAAUCCAUCAGCUGACGGCAGGCAGGAAAUUACGCGCAACGCAUAAGACUGAAUCAACUUUUAACAAUGAUGUUUAUCGCAAUUUUUCAAGAAUGCAACGUAAUUGGACUAGCGGUCAUAAAUUUCUAAAUGAACGUGAAAAUGUAAGGGAUGAGCAACAAUCGCCUUUUGCUUUUCCUUCUUGUUCCCAAACCUUGUCCCAUCUUCAAUGGUGGAAAAUGCAGAAAAAGAAAGCGAUAUCUAAACGCGACAGAAAAGUCUACAAGGAUCGACAUAAAAUUUUGCAAUCCCAUAAUAUUUUACGAAGAUUACACGUGAACGUUGAGAUAGAAGCAGAAGAAGCAAAAAAACACAAAGAGUUGGAUAAAGUGAUUGCUAUGACGGAUGUGGAUCCACAGUAUUUUACAGAAUUAUCCGGUAGACCUGUGAAAGAAAAGUUUUCAUUGAAACAGUAUAUCCAAGAUAUAAGAGAAAUAUUAAAAACAAAACUUCUCAUUAGUCAAGAAAAAGAUGAUUGUAUUCGCAUUGAUCAACAAUUUGAGCAAGAGACACACCGAUUACGACAAAUCCAGUAUCGUUGUCGGCGAUACGCAAACGGCUUCGAAGAAUUCCUAUCGAAAGAUCACGAGAAAAGUAUGCAAAUGCUGAAGAAAGCGGAAUGGGAAGCAAAACUGACGGAAGAGAUUAGCACCCGGAGGAACGAGCUUGCGAAACAAUUCGGUCAGAGUAGGUUGGACAUUUAUGUCUUGGAAGAGAAUUGGAGAUUAGUAAAAAUGUGCCAGAUGUUCCUUUAUCGCGUGUCACCUGUCGCUUGGAGGAUCAAGCAUGACUGGCUCCAAUCCGAAUCAGAAAGGAGCAUUACCUUUGUCGAUACUCCAUCGAUGGACCUGUUUAACAGAUACAAAACACUAGAUGAAAGCGCAUCCUUGGAGAAAUUGAUAGAAUUAUUCGAACAGGACACCACUGAUGCCGGCCCGGCCGUGUUGUACUUCGAUGAUCCAUUCGAUUUAAUCCGCAUCUUCCGGGCAAUGGAGACCCAGAAUUUAAACGCACUUGUACAUCUCGAAUCCCUCGCCGCCCCGAUGGCAGAUAUGACCAUGACAAUCACUAUGACUGAAGCGCAAAUCAAACGAGAGAUCAGUGAAAUUACUUCAACGAUCAAUGACUUAGAAAAUUUCAUCGUCGAAGCAGAAAAUAGAGCAGCAAAUCUCCAGGAAUACGCUAAUUAUCUUCUCCGAGAUGUUUUUCGACAUCUUGUCUGCUCUGAAGAAGUACUCUAUCUUCGCGUUUUCAUAGAAGAUACCUAUGAGAGUUGCAUAGGUCCGAACGACGCGAAUCUUGAUAGUUUUUCGAUGAUGAAAUGGAUUGAAAAAAUGCACGAGGAGCUUAAUCUCCAGCUGGAUAAUCUGCCACGCGAAAUUGUUCGUGCUUGUGAGCGAGAAGGAUUCCGUCAAGAAAUGAAGGUUAUAAAGGAAGCGGAAGACGCCGCAAGAAAGUUCGAACUAAUGCAUCGACUAUUGGACGCUCUGAAGCGCGUUAUGGAAUUACCUGCGAGUAAGAAACGGCCACUAAUUCGACGUUCAGUACCGAUUAUAACCAAGACGAAGCCGCCAUUACAUUUACCAAAACCGACGGAGGAGGAAAUCCAAUAUCUUACCUUCUUCACCGAUUACUGCAGAUUACGCGAUGACUUCGUCACAUAUCGUUCCAAGUUUCCGGAUGAUUUCAAUUUGACAUUCCAGAGCAAGCGAGAUGAUAUCGAAAAUAAAACGAUAUUUAAUGAUGUAUCUUCGAGUCGAGAACAAAUGCAGGAAAAGGAGAAAGAGGAAGAGGGAAAAGCAGAAGAAAAGAGAAAAUGAAUAUACUAUUGAAAACGUAACAGAAUCAGCACAUUUAUUUGAAAAUUCCGCGUGCGUAUAUAUCCGAAAGGAUUCUAUCAGUCUAAUGCGCUACGCAUUGUCGAUUACUUAGCGCUAUUAAUAAUUAAUAUGUAUACAUAAAUAGGCGAUUUAACGAUCAAUGUUGAAGCACAAGAUAAAAUAUUCAGAGAUAAUAAAACACAACAAGAGGCAACUACAGCGUACAAUAGAAUUCGGGACGAUAGUCGAUAUAAAAACAACAAUCAUGCUUGAUUUCUUGAUUACAAAGCGCCAAUUUAUACAUUCCUUCUUAUAAACUUUAUAAGAAGACUGCGAUAUACACUUCACCUUCAAGUAUUUCUUUUUCUUUUUACACACACGAGCAACUUUUUUAAAUAAAAUCUCUACUACUAGAGAUCACAUACAGAAUGGACCGAAAGUCUGGACAGUCGAAUAUCUCAUAAAAAAAGUAUUUUUGAGAAAAACGCUUUCAUAAGCUUGUAAAAUUUGAACAUCAAACGGCGAGACUUAUUUGAUCUCGAGUGUAAGUAUGGAGAAGUUCUCGAAGUCAACUUUAAUUUUGAAAGUAAACGUCCAUUUUUUCAAUUAGCUGAUGUCGAGAUCUUUUUAUUUCCUUUAAUUAAUAGGUCAAAUCUAAGCAGAAUCGUAAGGUUCGUAAUUUAAUCCUGUAAAACUUGUAAAAAUUUAUGACUAGUAUUGUAAUUUUAGUCACUGUAAGACGUACUAUUAUUCAUGAAUAUCUACGAUUUCUCGUUAAUCUUAUGGUUAGCAAGAACUUAUGUAAAGUCUGUCUGUAAAGAUACUGGAUAAAAUUAUAAGCCAUUUGCAAGUACUUCCAAGUCUGACGAGAAUGUUAUGAAUCUUAUGAUUUAGUUUA